AAAGCAUGAAUGCAAACACGGCUACUACAAAAACUGCGUGCAUAGCGUUCGGUGGAAUGGCAAACCGUUUCCCGUUGUGGGUGCAUUCAAGAUGCUUGUUUACCGGUUAAUUAUUUGCGUUUUUAUUCAGUGCGUAGACGGUUUUUGGGAUGACAGGGAUUACCAUGACAAUUUCGACGACGACCCGGAUGAGCUGCCCGACGAUUGGGAAACGCGUAUUGAUCCCGCUGUCAUGAAAGCCCACUGGACCAAUCUGAGCAUCCGUGGAUCCUUGGAAGAUGAUAUAAUGUUUGCUGAUGCUGGUGCUGGCAUCGGCCCGCAAGGCACGGCAGGGAGACAAACGGUUUCGCUCUGGCCGAACGGAAAAGUGCCCUAUCGGAUAAGCGAUCUAUUUGGAUCGCAAGAUGUUUUUGUUAUUCAGCAAGCCAUUGCUGCAAUCGAGAGCAAAACCUUUCGUUGUGUAACUUUUACGGAGAAAGGGAAAGAAUCAAAUUAUAUCAACUUCCAGCCCGGAGAAAAUUGUUCGUCCUAUGUUGGAAUUCAAGGCGGCAUGCAGCCUGUGUUUUUGGAUCCAGCCAGAUGCAUGCAGCUAGGAAUAGUUCAGCAUGAAAUUCUUCACGCUGUCGGUUUGUUUCACGAACACAGUCGCAGUGACCGGAAUGCUAGUGUGAUUAUUUACGAGGACGAGAUAAUGGACAGUCACAAAUCGCAGUACGGUAUCAUUCCCAACAUGCCCACUUUUGGAACGGAUUACGAUCUGGAAUCGCUGAUGCACUACGGUCCAUACGACUUUGCUAAAACUGCUUUCCGCCCGGUCAUGAUUCCAAGAAAGGACGGUGUUUAUCGAAUGGGACAACGUGAGGGUUUAAGCGUGCGCGAUGCCGCAAAGUUGCGCACUGCGUACCAGUGUCAAGUUGACCAGGGGGAUGAAAAAAACGACCAGGAUUCCGAGGAACGACCCUUUCCUGGCUUCUCCGGGUUGCCUAUGGAAGCAGAACAGUGUGCUCUACAGUUCAAUGACCACUGCAGGAGUGUUACUUCAACCGUAGACAAUUGCACGGGUGAUAGCCUUUUACUAUUAUACUGUGAUGAAUCCGCAGAUAAUUCUUUUCUGCGAGCAACGACAACAGCCAUGGCUAAACCGCCUUUGCGACCAAUCUUUCUGGUAUUAACGGACUCACAGAUAACAACAGAAGCCCUGUAUCCAGUUGAGAAACUGGUGAAGCAUUUGCAGAUGGGUCACUGUCGAGCUAGUGAUAGUACGUCAAAACUUCCAAGUUUUUCUUUCAUCAGUCUCCAGGAGUUGAUAAUCUUUCGCUGUGCUGACAUUCGAAUCAAGAAGUCUGACUUUAAAUCCUUGCCGUCGCUGAGAGUUAUAGUUUUUCAACUUACAACAAUUUUGUACUUGGAAGAGGGCACUUUUACUAACUUGCCGAAACUGCGAAUAAUAUCUUGGCAUGAGGAUUUGCUCAGGAACUUUGGUACGGACCAGGACCGUAUGUUAUACAAUAAUGAGAAGUUCGACGGCAACCUUGUCCAUAGCAUGCUAGAAUAUUUAAAGCGCAUCCACUGCGACUGCGAAUUUGCCUGGCUGAGAAGGUGGCUCGACCAAAGUGGUAUCCUUCAGCCUGUUCCUGAAUCAUCUGUUAUUUUUGAUUCCGCCAGUAGAUACAUAUCCGGGAGCGAGUUCAACAGGAUCGAUAUUUUCAUACCGAUUGACUGCGCGAUGCAGCCAUUUCCUUCUGAUUUCAGCAUGAUUAAUUUCGCGCAAAACGAAUUUUCCGUCAACGAACCUCGUUGUCCAACACGCUCGGUCAAUGCAACCUAUGAAUCUUUGAAGUUUAAGCGAGUAUAUUCUCUGUCUCCCAUCGAUUUACGACAAUGUCGGUUACAAUUUGGGAAAACUUGCAAACCAUGGGAAAAGCGCUCUCCUCUACAAGCUACGGAAUUGGCUGUAUUAGAUUAUUGUCUGAAUCUAUUCACCAGUUCUCAACCGUUUUUAAAUAUUCAGUGUUUGGGUAAUGCGACGGUUAGAGACGUGCAAGAAAUAGCAUUUGCACUUGCCAAACCACCAUUACGGGUUGUGAACUUAAACUUGGAUGAUGGAAAUUACAUAACCUACCGUGCGUUUUCCCCAAUCCGAACGCAGAUUCUAAACAUGACAAUCUACGAUUGCGUGGGAAAGCGGGCAACUAGUAAAUUAGCUUCCUUGUAUUUCGAAAAUCUGUUGUAUCUCGCCGUUGCUAACUGCCACAACAUCAUGGUGCAGGUAGAGGAUUUCGCUACCACUCCCAAUAUUCGCAUCAUACUGUUUGCACAUUCAACGGUGGUCGGAGUUACACAGUUCACCUUUAGCUCUCUUCCGAAUUUGGAAAUUCUUUCCUUAGAAUACGAAGCACAAGAAGUGCCCACCGAUGACUCAGCGUAUUAUCGGUAUCUACUGAGGCUUCACUGUGAUUGCGAAUAUUCUUCAUUUCGUGCGUGGCUGCAGCAACGUAUCAUUGACCAGAUACCAACUGUUUCUUCGAAUGUCUCAAUUGACACGUACAGAAAUGAAAGAAUGAUUUAUAGAGCUGACCUGCCGAACGUCUGGACGACGAUACUUGAAUUCGAGGUCGAGGGAGGAACCGGCGUGAAGCGGUGGUAUUGGGGAAAAGCGGAACUCUAUCAGCGUUUCGACUGCGCUAUCGGGAAGAUUAACGACGAUCAACUGCUUUUACUGUUAGCUGAAAAUUCUAGCCAGUUCAAUUACUCUCUCAAUGCUCCAAGCUGCGAAAAUGCUAGUUCGUCUGCGAACUUGCCAGUGAUAACAAGCUUGCAGAAAUCUUACCCGAGCGAAAGCGGGACGAUGGACAGUAAAAGCAGCACUUCGAAGAAAGAUUGGACAGCUAGCCUGAAUAGAGUAAUCUUGCAAGAGCGACGAUCGGAACUAACCGCAAAGGCAGUUGACGGGGGAGGCAGUGCUUUCCAUUAUGACGACCAAGCACUUAGUAGCAGUUCAGUUGCGGAGUCCGGAUAUCUGACUGCCAGCCGCUAUUGGCCAAACAACGGCAAAAAUGUUCCUUAUGAAAUCAGCGAAGCGUUCGGUAUGAUAACCAUCAUUGAAUGGGAUGUGCCCGACGUUGAGGAAAUCAAGGAUGCACUGCAUACUAUCUCGGCAUACACGUCCCAAUGCGUAACGUUCAAACUUAAAGAGCGGGAAGACGAUUACAUUUUCUUUCAGCUGGGACAAAGGUGCCAGUCCAGCGUCGGCAGACAAGGUGGACAGCAAAACAUCACGCUGUCACAAGCCUGCAUCUUUCGCGGAGCUAUCCAGCAUCUGGUUCUUCACGCAAUGGGACUUUUUCACGAACAUCACAGAGCGGAUCGGGAUGAUUACCUGCGAAUAUAUUUCAACCGAACGAACGUUCAACCAGACAGUUUUCUGCUUCGUAAGCUUCCACAGAUGCAAACGUAUGGAACGGAGUACGAUCUGGAAUCGAUCAUGCAUUACGGCGCAUUCGACCUGACCGACUCCCAACAAUCGGAUUUGCCGGUGUUUCUUCCCAAGAAAACGGCACGAAAAGGAAAACCAAGUAAAAUUGGGCAGCGGCGAACUUUGAGCGCCAAGGACAUUGUUAAGCUGUACACUGCCUACAACUGUACAAUGCAACCGCAACACCGUGGUGCUUACGAGCCGCUCCCGAGUUUUGUUAAAGAACUGCUUUCUUUGCAAACCUGCAAUACGUUAUCCAGAUUGAGAUGUGCGAGUUCGAAUAUCGUUAACUGCACGUCAAGAGGUAGAGCCAUAGAUUUGUUAUGUGGCCCGAGCACCACGAUAGAUGAUUGGAAUCAAACUGCUGCAACAGUAGCCAAACUCCCGCUACAUGUCGUCAUACUGCAGAUAGUGGUUAACCGUUAUAUACACGACGCGCCAGACGCUUUUCGGCCAAUUCGCAGACAAAUCAUUUUUGCGACUUUUUUCCAUUGUCAAAACUGUCGGUUCACAUCCCUGCUGCCCGUUUUCGGUUUCAUUAAUGUGAUGCACCUUCGUUUGAUGAUGUGUUACGGGCUGAUAAUAAGAAAGAAGGAUUUCUACGGUUUCCCCAGGUUGCAAAUUCUAGUAUUUGCUGCUGGCACUAUACUUAAUCUGGAAAAUGGAACUUUCAGCUCGCUGCUAGAUUUGAAAGUGCUAAGCCUGGAGCACAAUCUGUUUAGUCCAGUCAGUUCUGCUUUUAAUGUCAGUCUAUCUCAACAAAUCGAUUACCUACGCAGACUGCACUGCGGCUGCGAUUUCGCCGACUUUCGAAUGUGGAGAAGAAAAAACAAAGCGCUGCGAACGGAACUAGAGGAAGGUGAACUAACAUUUGUUGUGGGAGUCGCCGGAAAUGGUAGAAUAAAGAAGAAUUACGUAUUUUAUCCCGUCGAUUGUUUUGCCAGCCUACCACACACUACGGACAUCAAAUUUAAUUUUUCUCAACUGGAAUACUCGAUCAACGAACCGCUGUGCGAACCCGGAAGCACAGCAACCAUAAUGGCCUAUGACAAAGAGCAGUGCAAAGCUGGAUUUGUAAACCAGUCACCGGAACCGGGGGGGCGGUUCCCUGUAAUAUCAGUGGGCAAUGCAGUGCGGGUCACAUCGCUAUCGACGCCACGUACAGAUAAACUUGUGCUGCCACAUCCAGACAAUGAAACGGCUGAUGCGGUGCCAGGGUCUACCACAUCUUACACCUGGAUCUAUGGCUGUCUGGGAGGAGCUGCUGGUCUGUGCGUAAUACUGGCUGCCAUUUUGGUUUGGCGUCGGACCGGCUGUCCACAUCAUCGUUCCGGAAAUGUGACAACGCUGGAGAGCGGGCCACUGCUGGCGGGAAGUGUCGCCAUUGUAGCAAGGCCAAGUCUGCAGAUUUCCACGGCAUCCACCGAGUUGACGCACCCGUAUCUCGGCGAUGUGGGCGAAGUGUCAAGUGAUGAUGUGUUGCCAACUGAAGGCACAGAACUGUUACCGCUAAACAGCAGUGUGGUCGAAGCAAAUACGUAGUAGCCUACGUCUCUCUGUACAUAGUAAAAAUUAUGCUAGAUAUUCCCCGGUUCAAUAUUUCCACCGUUGGAAAAAAUAUCAUUCAUCUGCGUUAGCAUUUUGAAAGAGAUUCUAUUCUGUUCAAGACAGUUUUUGGAUAAUAACGUGAAAAAUGUUUGUUGAAGUACAGAUAUAAUCAAGACCCCAGCAGUGAUCUGCCUUGGUCAAAAAUGAUACAGAAAAUUUAAUUUUACGUUCACAAGCGCCUAUUGAUUUUGUAAUUUUCAAAUAUCUAAUAACGA